AUGGAAUCUUUGGGUCCCAAGUUGAGUUCUAACAUCCGUCCAAACCGUGAACAAUUCGACGAGAUUCAGAAACUCAGGGAGCGACUUAAACCAGCUUUGGCAGGUAUCGAGUCUCAUGUGGAACUUUUAUUGGAGAAAGCAACUCCGAAAGAUAAAGAGCGAAACAUUGCAAAUCAGAUCCGAUUUUUCCCAGUCGCCGACAAAUUCGAUCCAGUAUUAUUGAGGAAGAAUUUAGUGCUUAUCUUUCGAGGACCGGACCAAUCUGCUUUGGAUACCGACCAAAGCAGAAUCAGGAAAGCCAAAUCUCGAACGCGAUGUGAAAGACUUCGCUCCCAGUCUCCUCAUUUGAUUCUGAAGUGGGCAAUGACACUACAGCCAUCGAAGUGGAUACACCCAACAGUCAUGGCAGAUAGCACCUUUGAUUUUCUCCUUGGAGAUUUGAAGGCAAUCUUUGAUCAAAUACCUUCUAGGGUCACUGAAAGCCUACAUUGCUUGAAGGACGAGGAACCCUUGAAAGCUUGCGAAAAGUUUCAAGAAUUUGUCAAGAAUUUAGAUCGAUCAAUCAGUGUGGAAGAGCAAGAGCAUAUGGCGCGAUGCAAACGUAUGCGUACGGACCAAAGUUCACCGACGGAAGGAAAACGAAAUGCCACAGAAACUGAUGAUAAACAGAUGAUAGAACGAAGGAGCAAAGAGAUCGACUACAAAAUGUCAUCCAUGCCGUCCGGCAAACUGCCAAAUCUGAUCAAACGUCUUCCGUGGGCAAUAGAGAGUAGCGAGCAAUGGAAGUGGGAAAGACGAAUUUUCGCUGAGAGGCUGGGGAGUAGUGAUGCCGAUACAACAGACUGCCUAAACUUUUUCGUCCCGAAAGAUCGGAGUCAAGAUAUAUCGAUCACCCUAGUGGUUGGUCGUCGUGCUGGCUUGGAUUUGAUAUACGAAGCAGAAGUUGAAAUUAUCCGCGUUUGA